AUGGCCGAAGCAUUCGGGGCUAUAGGUAUAGCAACAAGCAUUUUAACCAAAGCUUCGGAAGCGAUGGGGGCUAUAGAUCUAGCAAGGUUUUUCACCCAAGCUUCGGAAGCGGCGACAGAAACACAAGAGCUCCUAUCACAAUACAAGCUAAUGAAGCAGCCAUUCAGUGACGAAUGUAGAGACGCCGAACUUCGCGUACAGAUUUUCAGACUAUCUUUAGAUAAAGCCGCUGCGGUCUUUAUGGUCCUUGAUCAUGCACAUGGCUCAUCGCGGUUCAACGAUCUGAUAGAGUACAUACUCAAGGAUGCUACGAUGCUGCUGGAUGGUAUCUACGAAAUCCUUGGGCGACCGCGCAGUUUGGGAUCCUUUGGAGUAUCGAUGUCGGAUAUUUCACAUGUUAGCGAGAUCACGUGUCGGCUAGAGAGACUUGCUUAUCAGCUGCAAGACCUUGUAGUACAACUGUCAUUCGAGUCAGCACCCCUGGAUCGACUCUCUGAACGCAAGCAUCAUAGCCCUUUUACCGUUGACGUAUCGUCCCGCCUGGAACAGCCUGCCGCCGAGGUGUCGGUCCCACAUGAAGAAAAUCGUGCGCCUGGCUCUUCUGCUUUGCUAGAUUGUGAAGGAGCGGACUGUUAUCCAGAGCACGCAAGCAAGAAACAAAAGCGUUAUUUGGCUAAGAUGUCUUUUCGUUCCCAGCCCGACUGCCAACGUCAUAUUGGCAUAAAUGGGGAUGACACUGGCAGCGCGACGGUCUCAGCCAUCGAGCCGUUCGAUUAUGAACUCAUGAACAACUCUCCGGGCACUGACGUUACAUUCCCACUAUCUGACACCUCAACAAGGUCCUACGAACUGAAGCUGAUUUUGUGCAUGACUGGUGUCGGGGAACACAAUACCCUGCCAUUUGAUCAAACGACUUUUGUCAGGAUCGUCGAUGCGAUACGUGUUCCUUUGGAAUUCUGCGAAUCGAUACUGCUAGGCACACCUAAAUUUGUCCAUUAUGCGGCCAAAGACGAUACGCAGCAUGCAGGCUUCGUACUCCGAACACCCUCGAGCAAAACACAGAACUGGACGCUUGCACUUUCAUGGGAUACCGGAUAUCGUUCCAUCCAAGGGUUCAUUCAUGGGUUGCUGCCGAAUGACCUGGACUCCUUGUCGUUACAUAUUGGCGAUAGGCAAGAAGAAUGUGCACAUCCGUUGAACAUUCCGGCAAUCUUGUGUGAGAUGCUCGUCGAGAGCGAUUCGAAUGGCGUUCGACUUCACGCUUCAGAUCUAUACAAGGUCGAAUUACAAACGAAUUACAGUAACUACAUCUUCAGCGAGCCGGUGAGCGGAAGCACGCGGCAACACAAAUCAUCGCAACAGAAUUUCGCACAGAUGACCCAGAAUCUGAAUAGAAUUACAUCUCGUUUAGCUUUCCACGAGAUGCGAAUCCACGCGACUAUAGUCUUUGUGGACGAGAUGAAAGACUGUCUCGAGCACCGGACCCGUCACCCAGUCGAUACCAUAAAUCGCAGAUUGAAAGAACGUUUAGCGCAUCUAAAGAUACAACAAAGCGGUCUUCUAUCAAACAUCGCUUGCAACCAGAAAAUUGCCCAAAGCCAACUGCAAAUCGUCUACAGCCUCAUCGCGCAGCGCGACAGCAAAGAGAGCCUUAACAUGGCUAAAACACAGACUAAGAUCGCUACGGCGCAAACCGAAAUCGCGCAGAUACAGACUGGGCUCGCAAAGACUACGAAGGAAGACAGUUUCGCCAUGCGCACCAUCGCUAUCAUGACCAUUGCGUUCUUGCCAGGAACAUUCAUAUCGGCCCUGUUUUCCAUGGACAUGUUCAACUGGCAAGCUCCCCAAGGCGCGUCCGUGGUAUCGUCUCGAUUCUGGAUAUACUGGGCCAUCACCGUACCAUUGACCCUUUUAGUGUUCUCUAUCUGGACGGUAUGGAUACGUUCAAACGAUCGCAAAGGGGACCAGUCGACAGCCACAGCGGAGGUAAAUCCAAGUGAGAAGCCAUGGUAUCGCCGCUGGGUGCACAAGACAAGUGAUGCAGACGAUACCGAGAAGCAAAUUGAAAGCGAGAACGGACUGCAGCAGGCUGUGAUAGACGCAGACACCGUGGAGCAAAUCAUCAGUGACGGCGCGGUGCAGCAGGAUUUGCAGGAGCAAGAUGCUCCAGCAACAAGUGCGGCUCCCCCGGUGCAGAUCACACGAAACGACACAUUACUUCAAGAUCCAGUUAGAUAA